CGUUCACCAGAUCGAUCGCUACAACAUUUUUUUUUGUUUUUCGUUCGACGUUGUGGUGUUGGUUUCUUAUUUGUUGUUGUCGUUUCUUUGAUUCGCGCAGCAGCGACACACGGUGAGAGCCAAACAUUUUGGUAAACAACUGCACUAAGCGGAUCUAGAAAAACUUGAUAAAAAAAGACAAUACAGGAAUUAAUAAAAACAAAAAAAAAACAAACGCAGAAAAAUAAAAACGAAUCAAAGUCACCAUAUUGAAUAUAUCAGUGAGUAAUAAACGCAUAACAAGUCUCACCCGAUAUAACCAUAGUUGUCCUUUUUGAAAUGCACCGAAACCAGCAGUCAUCGUCAUCCCAUCGUUCGUAGUGUGUUUAAUCAAAGGAGAAAAAAAAACGAAGAUUCGGUGUGUUUUUAUUUCGGCGAUUCAAAGUGUGAAACGAAAGAAGGAAAAAUAUACCUUAAAGUGCAUGUGCGUUAAAGUCGUUGUUUAUUUCAUUUAUUCGAAAACGGAAAAUGGAUUCUUUGCAGUCAAACAUUUUAUUCAAGAAAUUUUAACAACCAAAUGCAAAUGAAUGCUAAAAAGAACGAACGGAUUUCUUGUCGGGCUGUUCUUUUUUGCCUUUCGUUGAAUAACAUUUACCGAUCAUAAAUUUUAUUAUCACAUGAAAAUAUUCAUCGGUCCGAAACAAAAACACAAACAUAACAUAAACAGUGUGUUUACCAUCUCGGCCAUACAAUUUAUUCGGAAUCGUUUUUCGGAGGUAUUUUUUUCGAAGUUCAAAUGACUUUUGAACAAAACAAAGAAAGGAAACAGUAAUCAAUUCAAAUAUUUGAUUUGUUAUUUCGAAAUUAUAAUUUUGAUGUGUUUGUAUGAGAAUUUCUUAUGUCAUCGUGUCAUUAGAAUUUGAUGCGUAUAGAAGCGAAUAGAGUAAGCGCGCGCGCUCGCAGACCUUGAAAAAACGCCAACUUUUUUUUUGGUAUGGAGCAAAAUAACAACAGAAAUAUAGUCAGCCAGAACCAUAAGAAGAGAGAAUAAAAAAGAAGAAAAAUACACCGAGCAAAAAAAGAAGAAGAACAAACAAAAGAUUUUUUUUUUGCUACUGAUAUAAGGGGCUGUUAAGAGAGACACACACAUUUUUUGUUUUCUUGAGAAACGGUUCCAGUACCAAACGAUACAAUGGCGUUCAAUGCAGUAGUGUUCGCUUUUCUUCAUUUACAUGCAAUCAUGAAAAUAGCGCAGUCAGCACAAAUUCCAAAUCAUUCACAUCUACUGUCAACGGAGGCAAAACAAGAGCCAAUCGUACGGAUAAAAUGCUUGUCAGGGUCAAUGUUUAUUACGAUUAAAAAUGCACCGCCUAGUCCCGAUGAUGGUCUAUUUAGUGGUAUGAUUUAUCCAAAAGGCUUGUCAAAGAAUUCAUCAUGCCUGAUGGAAUACAGGCACGAAGAUGGUCCAUUGAAAUAUAAGCUGCCAUUAAGGAGCUGUAAUACAAUGCCACAGGAAACGGACGACAAUGGUAUUGAGUUUUUCAAUACAAUUGUUUUGCAACCACAUUUGAAAUUGGUGACUGACCUGGGUCGCGGAUAUCACGUACGAUGUAGAUAUAAGAGCCGUGAAGCGGCUGCUGCAACGAAAAAUGGUACGAACGACGAUUUGGCCGAGGCAUUAAUUGCCGAUGACGAUGCAAAAAAUAUCACCACCGUCACUGUGGAUCGACGUGAGCAUGGCCGUUCACUUGGAACACACGAUACAACGAACGAAAUUCCAAUGCCCGGAUGCCAUAUGAAAAUCUAUUCGGGUAAAAAUAUUGCUGAAAAUGUGAAAAUUGGCGAUCCACUCACAUUGAAAAUUUACAUUGACAAACAAAAUGUGUACGGUAUGCACAUCAUGGAUUGUAAUGUACGCGAUGGACUUGGUUGGGGAGAACAAAAUCUUGUUCAACAAGGAUGUCCAUUGGACGGUGAGAUUAUGGGUCAAUUCGAAUAUUCCGAUGAUCGAACUGAAGCAUCAGUUGCAUUUCCAGCUCACAAAUUCCCAUACACUGCAUCCGUUUACUACGAAUGCAAUAUUCGAUUGUGUCCACUCGAAGAUCCUGAAUGUAAACAGGCUCCAGAUUGUUCGCUGAGAAAGCGUACAAAACGUGACACAAAAUCAAAUGAAAAUACCUUUGACGAUAGUCAUCCAUCGAUUAUUGAAGUGUAUUCUGGUCUUUAUGUGAAUGAAAAUGCUGAAAUUGUUGAAGACACCGAUGACAGCGUAUUUGCCGAAAAGAGGCCGGAAGAUGCGCUUUGUAUAUCUCAGAAGAGUUUUGCCAUUGCUAUUUCAAUAGCUGGUCUCGUUUUGAUGUUGUGCGUUGUGGCUGCUGUUUUAUGCAUAAUGGCACGACGACGCAGCAAAACGGUGUCAAACUCCGGAAGCUCAAUUUAUAGCGGACCAUAUACCAAUACAGCCUUUUCGCAUAGUAGUUAAUACUAUUUAAAAUUAAAAAAAUCGAAUGGGAUUUUCAAUAAGAAAUACCCGCAAAUGCGCGCCAAUCUCAUCAUCACAUUUUGAAUGCGAUGUGUCAUGAAAGAUGCGUGCAAAUUUUCUCUUAAAAUCCGUAGAAAAUGUCGACAUGAAAAAUGUAUAAAUGUGAUGUUCCAAUAUAAAACAAAGAACCAUAAGAAAUAUUGCCUCUAAAAAUGUAGUAAAUUAAAUGAAACAAGAGAGAGAAAAAAUAUACGUUCACACACAAAAAAGUACACACAAUAUAAAAAAAAUGUCUAACAAUGAUUUGUCAAAAAAAAAAAAUUUUUUUUUUUGGCAUCAAAAGAAUCGAUUAUUUUUGGUUGUCGAAAAAAAAAACAAAAAAUAUGUACGAGUAAUGCAAAGGGAUUGUAUCGCAUAAUCCUUCGCAAUGUGUUUGGAAUUGCAAAAUUUCGAACGUUCAUUUCAAAAUUCAUUGUAAUUCCAACAUUUGUCGAUGUAAAUGCAGAUCAAUAUCUUUGCGCCAAGUCAUGCGGUUCAAUCCGCAACUAUAAUAUAUUAUAUAAAUUAAAUCGUAUGUCAAUGUGUUUAACAUAUAGUGAGUUUAAUUUAAUUCAAAGACAAGCGAAAAAAAAGCACAAAAAUAGAAUUUGAAACGAAUCCAAGCACAUCGAGCACAUUACAAGUCCAUGUAAUUUAAAUAUGAUCGUAGUCAUUGGAAUUGUUUCUUAACGUCAACACUUAAAUUAGGUAGAAAUUAAAUUAAAUUAAAUUAAAAACAAAGCGAAAAUAAUAAUUCGAUAUAAUAUUUGCAAGCAAAAACAAAUUGGUAAAAAUUGCAACUGAAUCUGUCUUUUUUUAAUUCGGGUUUAUCUUCCUUUUAUGUAUUUCACCCCAACUCCAAUUACAAGAAUCCCCCCGCCCCUCAAUCCUCAUAAUUGAAUCAUUCUUUUAAACCUACCCUUCCCAUAACUUUCGUUCCCGAAAAUUAUCUAAACGAUCCACCACUCCUCCCAGUGACAUUACAUUUAAGUGUAAUUUUUUGUACAUAGACAAUUCGGAAUCGAACUUAUUUAUCGUAAAAACAAAAUGGUUAACUUUUAGAGCUAAACGAAUAGUCAACAUUAUAUAAAAUAAAUGUUAAGCUUAUGGCGUUAAGACGUAAAAAAACAUAUUGACAAUAAAAAAAAACUACACAAUAAAUACUAAAAACUGAAACAAACAU